AUGAGCUCUCGCACGAGGAGAAGUGCUGGAGCGGACGGCACGUCGUCGCUCAACCCUACCACCAUACAACUUCUCGAUCGGAAUCGGCUCGUGAAGGAGCUAGAAUCACGAGGACUUGCGACCGUUGGCUCGAAGAACAUUCUCGCUGAUCGCCUUUAUGAAUUCGUCGUCAACGGCGUGCGCCUUGAACCACCGGACACUGAGGACCAGAAGCCAGACAAGGAGGCGCUCGACAAUCUAUCCACGACUCCCAGCGGUUCCCAGACUGCUCCAAGCAGGAAGCGCAAAAAAGCUGAAGUGGUUCCGGAUGAUAGAUCUGAAGAGGGGACGCCGAAAGCUAAGCCAAAAAAGGCCAAGAACACACCCGCUGCCAAGUCGCCCGUGAAGCUCAAGAAGCCGAAAGAAGAACCAGCUAGCGAGCCAGGUGAUGUGGAGGCCGUGAACCCUUUUCUGUUAUUUCUACGGGACCGUGAGGCGGCCGUGGAAAACCAGCAAGCUGCAAAAGCCAAAGAAACAGUCGAAGUGCCCGUCGUGGCCACGCCGGAGGUGCAGGAAGAAAUACCGGAAUCAGCCGAAGAGCCGGCUGAAGAAGCUGCUGAGGCCACUACAUCCGGCCGUCCUAAGCGGCGUCGUAUAGCGAGGGUGAUCGCGACACCACCACCCGAGGAACCGCGUCGCCGUUCAAAGCCCGCUGCGGUGAUCGUCGAGCCGACAAGUUCAACAUCGGUGGCCGACGAGAUCGAGGAACCUGUUCAACAAUCCUCCGCGUCGGAAGAUGUCAAGCCGGACCUUGCUUCAAUGAUCCCUCAAUUGCACACGAAUGACCCAGACAUUUUCGAUGAUGGCCUAUCCAGUGAAGAUGAAACGGAGAAAGCGUUGUUGAAGAAGGAGUUGAAGAAAGAAAAGAAGAAAGACCAAGAUUAUGUCCCGGGCGUCGCCUCGGCUGAAAAGGAGCUCACCGCUGAAGAGAAAGAGAAGGAGAGGAAGCGUCGCUUGCGUGAAGAGCAAGAAAAAGAAUUGGCGAAAGAACGACGUAGAAAGGAGAAGGCGAGGGAACGAGAGAAGGAGAGACAGCGCGAGCUUGAGAAGCAACGACCAAAGCAAAAGAAAGCCCGAGAACUGGCUCAACAAGCUCAAGCUCGUGAGGCAGCCAUGGCCGCUAAAGCUUCGACCUCCGCGCCAGCCGUCACCCCAAAAGAACACAAAAAGUCUGAGCAGCCUCAGAGGACGAUGAAACCCAAAAUCAACCCUCUGGAUUCCAUCAUGGAUAGCCAGGAGCAGUUCAGCCGCGUCUGGGACAAAGACAAGCUCUUGGAAAUUGAGGAUGAGAAGCGUAUUCGGGAGAUUGAGGCCAGGAGGAUGCGCGAAGAACAAGAACGGCGUGAGAGGCAUGAGCGCCAUCGGCUCGCCGCUGGAAACGAGAGGACAAUGCCGUUGAAAAUGCCCGUCAUCACGCCAGAGCAGCACAAACUACCAUCACCAGCUCUUCCACCACCUCAGUUGGUGAUGCCUAGGCUGUCCACCCAACGGUCUUCGGUUGGACAAGGCAUUUCACCCAGCUCUUCCUUGUCUACUCCGGAUACGGCAACGAUUCUGAUCCCGCCACCUCCACCGCCACCUAUUAAUAUGAUCAUCCCACCGCCACCACCACCUCCACGCUUGAUUCCUCCACCACCGCCCGCUGCACCGGCUUGGCAACCAUCGGCAAAUCCUCGUUCGCCCGCUGGCCCGCAGUCUCCAGAUGCUCUUGAUCAACCAUACACACCGAUCGAAAGCCCUGAUGCCGUCUCUGGUCACAACUCGGGCCCGUCAUCACCAGACGGCGAAGGUGUCGCAGCAGCUCCUCAAGACGAGUUGUUGAUGGUCCUGAAGGAGCUGAGAGCCAAGAAAGACAUCGAGGAAUGCAUCGACACGCUGGUGGACAAUGUCUGCGAGCUGUGUGACGCCGAGGAAGAGGAGGAGCAGCUUCUCCUACGUCCCAUUACUUCUGAGGGCAACGAGCAGCGUGCUUCCGGACCGGCGAAAGAGCGUGUGGAGAUCGGUCUCGAGUUGCUUUCCGAUCCGGUCAAAGCCUCUGAAUUGCUGAGCAAGGCUUCAAAUUUGCUGUCCAACAUCAUGAAGAGCGGAACGACGGCUCCGAAACCCGAGGUCAUCUACGCCCAGGAAAUCCCGAACGAGGAGGACCUUAGCAUGGUGGUUGAAGAGGAACGACCGUUGCCCGAAUUCCACGGUGAGCCGGUCCCAUCGGAUGAUGACGAUGCGCUUUUUGAAGCCGCCGCCGGCAUUCCCCCGUCUCAACGCACCAAAAAGAAGAAGCGGGGCGAGGAGGAAAUUGAGGAGGAGACUUUGCCGCCGGAGAACGCCUUCCAGCUCGAUUACUACAAUGCCGACUUGCAUAUCAAAUGUGAGGCUGACAAGGAGGGCGAGCGUUGGUCAGUCAUCCACCCGGAAAAUGCUGAUGGCCUUGGUCUUUGCAUCGGAGGGGUUAAAACGACCUUCGGUGUUCCGAUCCCCUACGAGUAUCCCUUCCCAGAAAAGGCUCCCGAGUCUGGGGCUGGGGUGGUCUCUCCACCGCUCACUACUAGCGACGUCACCAAAGAAAAUGCCAAACCACGGCGCCUGGUUUUCCAGGCGAAGGUGCGCGAGCAUCUAUCCACGAAGCAUCUGCCUUUUGAAGAGAUCGAGCCCUAUGAAGUGCGUGUCGGCUUUUCGCUGGGAAAUUCGUCGACAAUCAUCGGUGAAAAUAAUCGAACAUGGUGCUUUUGCACAUCCGGUAAAGUGGCCAGCAACAACGUGUUUACCGAAUGGGGACGAGCCGUCGCUUUGGGUGAAGUGAUCACCGCCGAGCUGAACCUCGAAACACGGUCCAUCAGCUUCUACAUUGAUGGAGAGAAAUUGGGAACUGCAUACACCGAUGUUCCAUUUGCGGAUGGAGACGUCGUUUACCCCAGCAUUUCCAUCAAGAACUGCAAGGUAGCUGUGAAUCUCGGCAAUUUCCCGGAUCCGGAAGAAAACUGGGGCCAUUGCGAUCCGGAAUGGACCUUUGCGUCGUGGCUAGACCUCCGGACACUUAUCCGUGCUCGAGUUCCUCCCGAAUCAAAGGCCGACUGUACAGUGUUGAUGAUGGUGGGCCUUCCUGGCGUCGGCAAGACGACCUGGGUUCGACAUUAUCUCCGCGAUCACCCCGAUGAACUCUGGAACCUCAUCUCGGCUGACACGAUGUUGAACCAGAUGAAGAUCAAUGGCGUUCCGCGAUCCCGGGUCCACGUGGGCCGUUGGGAUAUGGUGAUGGGACUGGCUGCUAAGGCCGUCAAUCGUUACGUCACCUUGGCUUGCCGCCGACGUCGAAAUUAUAUCAUUGACGCGACGAAUUGUGGACGUGAUGCCCGAAAGAGGAAACUGACGAAUUUCAAGGAUUUUCGUCGAAAAUGCGUUGUAAUCAUUCCGUCGGAUGAAGAAUGGCAAACUCGGCUAGCACGACAGGCACGUCAUGACGCGAAGGCCAUCAUGCCGGUCGAAUGCAUGCUCGAAUUGAAGUCUACGUUUACCAUUCCUACGCCUGAACACGAUCCGCUGGAGGAUGUUCACUUCAUCGAGCCAUCCGACGAUUUUCUGCAACAAGCUGUCGAUUUGGUGCAGCGAUACAAUGAGGAGGCGCGACCGUGGGUCCAGGAGAAGUUCAAGCGACGUCGUGGCGGUCCACGAGGCGACUAUGGCGGCAACUACGGAAACAGGCCACAGAGGGAUAGGUUCAUUCCUGAUAAUCCGCGGCCAGCGUGGGUCAAUACCCCAUAUCGACCUCCCACACAAAUGAACUCGCCAUCAAUUCCACCACCGUUACCCAGGUUGACGAUCAAUACGGAUUUCUCGACGUCUACUCCUCAAGUGUCCACUGCAUCGGUUGCCCCGACACCAGAUCCCUUUGAAGCUUCCCAGGCUUUAGCGACCGGCGCUACUGGAUCCACGGCUACGAGUGGCGAAGUAACUCCGGUCAGCCUACCACCAUUGUCCGUGAGCACCGAUAACCUUUCCCCCGCCCAGACACCUCUGGGAUCGAAAUCAGCGGAUUCUGUGAGAUACCCGGCUGGUAUCCCGCGAUCGCAGCUUGCGAAGUUGAACAGGGCGAAGGAAAAUGCUAUCCUGGGCUUUCCGUUUCCUCAGCCGUCGAAUGAUAUUCCGCCUUCUCCUCGCGCUACACCAUCGAUUUCAUCGCCAGCCGUGCAAGUGACACCAACAGCCGUGGCGCCCUCAACCCCAGUUAUCACCCGACAACUGAGCAGUCCAAUUGUGCAACGUAUCGCCACCCCAAUGUCGAUGCCGGCGAAGAUCACCGUCCAAACACCAGCUGUACCUUCUCCGCUUGUAACUCCGACAACGGCGGGCACCCCUCGGUUCAUGGAUAUGUCACAGCCACCCCCAGUCUUCUCCUACUCGAACCAGCCGAACAGCGGCAACCAGUUUGUGCAAUACCAACAGCCGAAUUUUGGUCAGCAGCAAAUGGUGGCUCCUCCCGCGCUGGCGUCACCGGCCGUGCAGAUGCCAAUGCAGCAACCUGGUCAAAUGCUUGGCGCCCCACCAGCCAUGAUGACGAUGCCCAACUUUGCCGUCCCUCCACCCAGCUGGCCCGGCUACCAACAACCCCCGCCCGCCCAACCCCCACAGCCACCAUAUUUC